UCUCUCUCUCUCUCUCUCUCUCUCUCCUGCGCUGCAAAAAUCCAUCGUUCUUCUUCGAAUUCAUCGGAGAAGAAGAAGCUAAACAUCCCAAAAAUCGCGAAUUAGGUUGCUGGAAAAAAGUUUGAACUUUUGAAUGAAUGUUUGAAAAGAGAAGUUGAGUGGAAUCUAUUCUUGUAAUUCAUCAGGUUUAAUCCUUUUUUAUUCGUUGUAAAAUGGUGGAAAGUUCUGUGAAUGAAAUGAACCUGGAUGAGGAUUCUGAACUAAUUUCUGCAAGUGAACCCAAUGCUAAAGAAAUGGCAUCUGAUUCUAAGGUUGAUGGUGAAGAGAGGGCAACUGAAGAGAAUGAUGGAAUCCCAAGAGUUGGAUUGUCCUUUAAAUCGUUUGACGAGGUCUAUGAGUUCUACAAUCAGUAUGCGCGCAAUGUUGGUUUCGGUACGAAGAUUAGACGCUCGUUUUAUAGCCUUGAUGAUGGGCAGCUUAACAAGGUCAUGCUCACUUGUUGUAAAGAGGGCCGGAGAGAGUACAAGAAUCAAGAAAGGUCUACGUAUCGUUUAAGGUUGUCGGCAAGAACUGAUUGCCAGGCAAGAAUUAAGGUGCAGAGAAAGUACAUUGAUGGGUUGUUUCAUUUGACUGAGGUGAACCUUGAGCAUAACCAUCCUGUUAAUCCGACAAUGUCUAAAUUCUUUAGGUCGCAUAAGGAUUUGAAUGAUGGUCCCAAGAAGCAGCUUCCUGCCAGAGGAAAGAUUCAAAAGGAUUUGGUAUCCACAGAGAAGGAGAACGAGGAGGUUGAGGUGAAAUUACAGGGUCCAUUUUGGGGGAGAGAGGAUUUGGAAGCUCUUAAUCAAUUUUUUGUGAAGAUGCAGUUGUCAGGCUCUUAUUUCUUUCACUUGAUGGAUUUUGAUGGAGGAGGCCGUUUGAAGAAUGUGUUUUGGGCUGACGGUAGGUCUAAGGCUGCGUACAAGUACUUUGGAGAUGUUGUCAGGGUCGAUACGAUGUACUUGAUGGAUAAUUAUGAGACACCUUUGGUGAUGUUCACUGGAGUAAACAAUCAUGGUCAUUUAGUGUUGUUAGGUUGUGGGUUGCUUUCAGAGAGAAAUGUUGAUGCAUUUAUAUGGUUGUUUAAGUCUUGGUUAGCAUGUAUGUCAGGAAAUCAUCCAAGUGUUAUCAUCACCGACCAUUCUCAGGCCAUACGAGGAGCAGUUGCUGCAGUGUUUCCAGGAGUUCGUCAUCACAUGUGUCUGCAGCAUAUAAUGAGAGAAAUGCAGGAUAAUCUGGGAGAACUUUCUGAAUACAAAGCGGUCAAAGGAUUGCUCAAGAGAGCUAUAUAUGACUGUUUGAGAAUUGAAGAAUUUGAAGAAGAUUGGCAAAAUAUGAUCGAAAAACAUAUGCUUCAAGACAAUGCCUGGCUUGAAUCCUUGUAUGAAAGUAGGCAUUCCUGGGCUCCAGUUUUUGUGAAAGAAACAUUUUCUGCAGGGUUGUCAUGUAUUCAACACAAAGAGAGUAUGGUUUCGUAUUUUGAUGGAUAUAUACACCCAAAGAGCACAUUGAAGCAAUUUCUUUCUAAGUAUGAGGCAGCAGUACAAAAUAACUGUGAGAAGGAAGGCCAAGCUGAUAGUGAUUCGUUCCACAAGAGCCCACAGUUGAUUACUAAGCUUUAUAUGGAAGAGCAAAUUCGCAAGGUUUACACUGUUGACAUGUUUAAGAAAUUCCAAGAAGAGGUCAAGGCCAUAUUAUAUUGCAUUCCUACACUAAUUCAGGUAGAUGGGCUGAUCUCUAUCUUUGAAGUCAGAGAGUGUGUAAAAAUGAAAGAUGGUAAAGAGGUCAACAAGAACUAUGGAGUUACUUACAAUGCAAAUGAAGCUGAUGUGCAAUGUAACUGUGGGUCCUUCCAGCAUGGAGGUAUUCUGUGUAGACAUUCACUGUCAGUGCUCAACUUUUUGGAAGUAUAUGAAAUUCCAUCUCAAUAUAUUCUCGAGCGCUGGAGAAAGGACUUCAAGCGCAGGCAUACUCUGUCUUGUUCUCCUAAUGAUUUCAUUGCUAAUGGUCCUGUAGAACGUUAUGAUAAUCUGUACAAGUCUUGUCUUAGAUUGGCCGAGAUAGGAUCAAGUUCUGAUGAUAAAUAUGAGUGUGCAUUGAAAAUUAUUCAUGGAGCAGCAGAUGAACUUCUCGUGGGGGAUGGCACAAUAGACCUGCAACACAAGAGCAUGACAUACGAUGCUCAGGCAAAUUGCAGCAUUAUGGGUGGCACCGCAGAUGGCAGAAGGAGCAUAGGGGAUGGAGAUGAGGACAUUCCUGAUCUGAUGCAAGUGAGGCGAAGGGGUCGGCCGCCAAAAAAACGGAAGGAGGCUCUGGUUGAAAAAAUAGUUGAAGCCAGUAAGAAGAAGGUUUCUCAAAGAAAAUCAAUGACUGAAAGUGAACCUGAUUUGCUUCAGAUUGGUCCAAAUGCAUCACACUUUGAUUCUCAUCUCUGGGCACAAGAUGGCAUCAACCUAACUGAACAAGUCAGCCCAACUAACUUAUCUAUUGGUACCCAUUUUGGAGUCCAAGUGAACCACCCACAUGCAAUUGACAAUCAGUCAGGCUUGCGUUGGGGCUUUCAACCGAUGUUUCAACAAUCUCAUACACCAGAGCCACCUCCGGGCCCAUGGGCAGGUUAGAAGAUGCUCCAAAUCACUCAAAUGAGGCUUCAAGGUAUGCCGCUAUCUUCCGCCUAUAAAAACAGUUUCUGUCCUUGGACGUAUAAAAAGGCCAACCGGUUGAAUCAAAUACGGCGGCACUCGCUGUUAAAUAGUAAAUACAAUGUUGCAACUUCCCAAUCAAGCCGGUUGAAUUUGAAGGCUCUUCGAAACCUCUCGAAAUUUUUGCGCAAGUAUCUCAACCUAUUUUGGAAUGAAGAGCUAUUGGUUGAAUCAAUCAGAGAAAGGCAUGUAGGUUUUCUUCUUGAAAAUUUCAACUGGUUGUCUAGCUUCAAACAACAACAGGAUCUGAUCUAAAAGGCACAAACUGGACAACCUUAUCAAUUGUCCAUCUUGUUUAGGAUUUUGCUUGUGCAGCUUCUCAGAAUCUUGAUUCUGAUAGUCUAAUUUCGCUGCCUUGCAUUUUUAGGUUUUUUUUUUAUGCUUUUUAAUUCAAAGUCUUUGCUUGUAGAGAAGUAGCACCCCAUUUUUCUUGAAUGUAAAGAUAGAUUUUUCUUGUUUAAAUUUUUAUUUUGAUGCUUAUAUGAUUAAUGGUAGAAGUGUUUAUGAAACAGUUUGUACUGAAAUUUUUAUCCGAACCCAAUCAAUCAGAUUAGAU